GAAGGAAAAAGGAGAUCACUAGCCCCUCCUUUGCCCGACCCUAAUCUUACCACAUCCGUUAGAUCUGGGCGGUAGCUUCGGGUCUGGCAAUGAGUCUGAGACAACUUCAGCGUCAACCACUCUCUCCGCCGCAGUCAGGUGAUGAAAGUCUAGCUCCAGAGAGCUCUCGGGAAUCGUGUGGAAUCGCCCGCACCAUGUGCGACCAGUCGGAUCUCUUCAUGUUCGCCGGCGCGCAGGGAAACCUAGACGCGAAUGGCUCACACCCAGUGCCCCGGAGCUCACCCUCUUCGCACACCAUUACCAACGGCGAUUACUCUCGCAGCCUCCCGGUGCAAUUACAGAUGCAACCCCAUGGGUUUCAAGUCAACACGCCCCCGUCGGAUGAAGUGUCGAUUGCAGGCAGUCUAGAUUCGGCGCCAUCGCACUGGUCGUCUCCGUCGCAAAGGCUCCGGGCACAGAGUACCCCCAAGUCCAAGCUGUCUCGAGCCUCCCGGUCCUCAAAGUCGCCCAAGAUCCGGCACAAGAGGAGCAAGACCGACCCCCCAGUCAUCAACGCUCCGUUGAGUGAACUGACCAAGGACAUGAGCCAUAUCCCGAUUCGGGACAUGGAGGAGUGGGUGCAUCGUCCUAUUGAAACACGUCUAAGCCAGACCACUCGCAAGGGAAAGGUUGCCAGACCCAUGAACUCUUUCAUCCUCUAUCGUUCAGCGUAUGCGGAGCGCACCAAGGAAUGGCUCUCGCAGAACAAUCACCAGGAAGUCUCGAAGGUCGCGGGGCAAAGUUGGAAGAUGGAGCCUCGGGAUAUCAAGCAGAAGUAUGCCUCUCUCGCCAAUAUUGAAAAGGCCAACCACGAGAAGGCGCAUCCCGGAUACAAAUAUUCGCCCAAGGACAAGAGCAAGCCAACCAAGAAGCCCUGCAAGACUUCUCCGGGCAUGGGCCACGAUGACACUCCGAGUUCCAGCCCGAGCUUGAGUUCAAGCCAGGCCAUGCUUUCUUCGGAUAUCGACUCUGGGAUGUGGCAUAGCCGCUGUGGGACACCGAUGAACGUUGUCGAGCAUCAUGGCCUGCCCACACCCAUGCAAUUCCUCAAUUCGGGGUGGCCCCCCCAUCAUCCUCCCCGUCCACCUUCCACCAUGAUGUCGGCUCCCGAGGCGUCCCAUUACGGGCACCCCGGUAUGCAUCACGGUCUGGUGGGCGCUCACCAGGAUGAUGUACGAUUCCGAACAACUGACCUGAGUGAGCUGCAAUACAACACUUCGAACACGUUGUCCGGUCUGCCGGGAGCAGUUCACCAUGACCUUCUUCAACCCCAGACCACCGCUCCCCCACCCGGUGCUCCCCCAACUAGCCAGUUGGACCCCCAGCUGUUGAGAUACCACAGUGAUCCUCUUCCUGCCGGUCACGUUUACAGCAGCCCCCAGUACGGGAUCUGGACAGAUCCGGCUCCAGGCGCCAGCUAUCUUCCCAAUGCACCCAAUUCGCUAGGGUCCAAUGCCGUGUCUUAUCACCCCCACUCAUCCUACGAUAUGCUGGAUGAUGGCGAGCCCUGGGAUUCCAAAUUCGCGGUGGACUCUCCCACGGGCGAGUUUGACCGCUGGGUCAACCCUCAGGCUUGAGAACAUUGUGUUUCACCGCUUGCUCCAUUCUCAACCCACCACAAUAACGAUGAUGAGCACAAUGAUUCCAAUGCACCUGCAUCUAAGUUGGCAAUUUUUUUUCUUCUUUUUAUUCAUCUUUCAUCUUUUGCUUUCUCUCUCUACCUCUCUCCCUUUAUGAGAAUACAGUGGGAACGGAGUUGGAAGGAGCAAGGCUACCUGGCGUCUGAUGUGAUCCUCACUCAUUUUGUUUACUCAUUUAUGUUUCCGUUUGAGAGUACCCCUACGUUCAACUUCGUUUUGCUUGUUUCUGAUUGUCUUGUCUCGGGCGGGAUCGUGAUUUGGAUUAAUUUUAAACCAUGUGUGGCAUUUGUCGAACUUUUUUAGAUAGAAUUGUGCUUGUUUCAUGCGAAUUUGUCAUCUAUCAUCCAUUUAGAAAUUAUCAUUAACAUUACCAUGUGUCAGUUUACGG